CAGGAGCGCCGGGAACGCCGCGGGAUGGACGGGACGGGGCGGGGAAGGGCUGAGCCCGCUCGGCUGCAGCUCCGGGGGUGCCAGAGCUGGCACGGAGCCGUGCCCGGGGGAGGAUUUCACCCUCCCGGCACCUCCAGCCCGUCCCUGCCCGCUCUCCCGGAGCUGGGGCACGGCCAGGGCGGUGUCACCUUGUGCCACCCGGGUUCGGGGUGGCACAGGAGCCCAGGGGCUGCCUGAGCCCCCUCAGCUGCUGUGCCUCAGUUUCCCCAGCCCUGCUGGGGGACAGUGGGGUGGGGGGUACAGAGGGGUUUGCUUUGCCCCCCAAAUCCCUCCUGGUGCCUUCGGAGCUGUGGCCAGGCAGGAGAAGGACAAAGAGCCCCUUCCCAAGGAGCCUCCGGCUGCCCUGUGCUGCUCCGCACCCAAAUUUAGUCAAAUCCGCCUCAGUUCUGUGUUUUGCAUGAGAGGGGCACGGGGCAGCCUCUGCCUCACCCAAAACAACUCCAAAACCUCCCGGAGCCCUUUGGCUGCUCCGCCAGGCUUGGAAACCUCCCCCGGAGCCUGGGACACGCUGUGCCCGUCCUGGGGGAGCCUGAGGGGUGCAGCUGAGGGGUCAGGGCAGGACAAGGCACCAAAAUCACCAAAAUCCCCCAAAUCCCCGUUCCCAGCCCAACGGAGCCCUCGGAGAGCGCCAUGGAUGAGUGGGAUCUCCCACAAUGGAAAAAAGAGGUGGAAAGCCUCAAGUACCAGCUGGCCUACAAGAGGGAGAUGUCCUCCAAGACCAUACCUGAGUUCGUGAAGUGGAUCGAGGACGGAAUUCCCGAGGAUCCCUUCCUGAACCCGGAGCUGAUGAAGAACAACCCCUGGGUGGAGAAAGGCAAAUGCAUCCUGCUCUGAGGGCCCCCUGCACCAUGGGGCUCUCCUGAGCUCAGCUCCAACACCAGAACCUCAACAAAACCCUGCCCUCACCUCGUUCCUUCUCUGGUAGUUGUAGAAGGGGUUUUAGAAAGGGGGGGGACACGGGGAACUCCCCCAGGAUGGGCAGCCUGGGGGCAGGAGCAGCAAAAGCUUCUCCAGGGGUUUGCUGCGGCUCCAUCUCACACUUCUGCCACCCAAAAAAGGGCAGAUUUGGCAACUUGUAAAGAAGCAUUUUAUAAAAAACCCCGUUUUCCGUGAUUUUAGAUACUUUUGUACACCCUAGGAUAGCAUUUCCCACCAAACCAGGCACAACGUGGCACCUCGAGGUUUAUCACUGAAAUAAACAGA